UAAAAGAGGCCCAACAUGUCAGCGCUCCCAGAGAAGAGCACACAUCUGACCCCCAUGCACACAAAAGGCACUAACGAGUGUUUAAUCCCAGUGUGGCGUCACUGGCGCUCAGGGGCUGGGUCAUCACUGACUUGUGAAACAUACCAGCUCUCUUACAUGCUGAAGAGUCCCCACCAUACACACUCAGCUGCAGGACUCCAGAGGGUGAAGUCACACAGGCUGUCGAUCCUCAGGAUAUUUCAUCAGCACUCUCAACUUCCAGUUUGGUUCGGUGGUGGCCGACUAAACCAAGCCGAGAUGAAUCUGCCUUUAUCGGUGCUUAUUUGUCUGUCAGUUGUCAGGCUGUGUGCUGGAGAUGAGACUGUGGAGGAAGUCAUCGUGCCAAGAAAAGUGCAUCUCCUGGGCGGCUGGUUUGAAAGGAGUCCAGAGUCCCAGGAAGUUCAGGCUGCAGCUCAGCACGCCGUGGACACCUUCAACACCCAGUCGAAAGCCAAGAGGUUGUUCAAACUGGCCUCCGUCGUCUCUGCGCAGACUCAGGUGACCAACAGCAUCAACUAUCGGAUCAAUGCAGUGCUGAGAAAAACCAAGUGUCUUAAGGCUGAAAAUAACGACGUGAACACUUGCACUCUGGAGAAAAAGCAUCUGAAGUGCCACUUUGAGGUGAUGUUCAACCCCCGCAGCAACAAACAUGAGAUGCAGGAGCACAAGUGCAAGAAGACCGUGCCCAAAGUUUAGGACACAGCUUCAGAUUUUUGCUUUUUAGGAACACUUUGUUUCAUUUUGAUACAAUAUUGAAGUGAUUUAAAAUGUUGCAAAAAAUAUGCGUGGAAUACUGGGAUGCCACUUUAUAUUAAAUGGGAUUUAUUACACCAA